AAAGAAUAUAAAUUCAUUGGCAUUUAAUGCUUCUCCGCAUAGUAAUUAUCUUUAUUUUAUUGAUAUUUUUUCAAGAUGCAAAUUUACGGUCUUUGUUUUAUUGGGCAGGGAGUAACUCCGAUUCCUUUACAAAAUGUUGUCGUAGAAGCUAAUGUCGUUGAUAUGAUCGCUGAAGUUACGAUUAGCCAAACUUAUAAAAACGUUGAAAAAGAUACUAUCGAAGCAUUCUAUAAGUUUCCUAUUUAUGAGGCCGCAGCAAUCUGCGGAUUUGAAGCAGAAAUCGAUGGACAGAGAAAAAUAAAGGGUAUCGUAAAAGAAUCAAAAGAGGCCGCUAAAGAAUAUACUGAAGCAGUUCAGAAGGGACAUGGUGCUUAUUUGUUAGAAUCUGAAUCCGAAGAUGUGUUUCAAUGUUCUGUUGGAAAUAUUACAUCAGGACAAACUGUAAUCAUAAAGAUAACAUAUGUUACUGAACUUAAACACGAUUCUGAAACGGAGAAAAUUCGGUUUGUUCUACCAACUAAUAUCGCUCCAAGAUAUGGUUCUUCAGAAUAUUCGUCAUCUUCAAAUGAUGGAAAGAUUCUUAAUCCUGAUGUUGUAUCUUAUUCUAAUAAGGCAGACUUUUAUUUAGAUCUUGCUGUUACUUGUAGAAUGACUUCAACUAUUCAAAAUAUUGAAUCACCUUCACAUAAAAUUUCUACUGAAAUGAAUAUUGAUGAAAAUCCUAAAAUUUCCAAAGUUACUUUAUCCGAACAAAUUACUUAUUUAGAAAAAGAUUUUAUUCUUGUGGUUAAAAGUAAAGACCUUAAUCAACCACGAGCUUUUGUUGAGUACAAUCCUGAAACGCAAACUAAUUGUGUUAUGUUGACUUUGGUUCCAACAUUUGCGUUAAAUGCAACUAUGUCCGAACUAAUUUUUGUCGUUGAUAGAUCUGGAUCAAUGGGAAUUGAGCCUAUGAAAAAAGCUGCACAAGCUCUUGAAUUAUUAUUGCAUUCACUUUCCGAAGAUUGUUACUUUAAUGUAGUAUCUUUUGGAUCUCGUUAUGAUCCUCUUUUUCCAAAGAGUCAACUUUAUUCUGAAACAUCUUUAUCUAAAGCUCUUAAUCUUGCUCAAACAAUGACUGCAAAUUAUGGUGGGACCGAGGUUUUUAGUGCAUUAAAAUGGACAUUUGAAAAUUCAAGGGAUGAUAUGCCAACUUCCGUAUUUUUUCUUACGGAUGGCGGAGUUUGGAAUGUUGAUCAAAUUGUAGAACUCGUACGUGAAAAUGAAGAAAAAAAGAAAGAUGAUUUACGACUUUUUUCAUUAGGAAUUGGUGAUUCUGUUUCUCAUAAUUUAGUUGAAUCUAUUGCUCGUGCCGGUAAAGGAUAUUCUCAAUUUGUAACAAAUGAUGAAAGAAUAGAUAAAAAAGUCAUUGGAAUGUUAAAAAAUGCAUUGAAAUCACCAAUUAAAGAUUAUAAUGUUACCUGGGCCAAUGUCGAACCAUUCGAAGAAAAAGAAUUAGACAUAACUCCAAUGGAAGUUGAUAAACCUACUAUUAGUUUUAUGAGUGAUGAUAAUACGGAACCACCACCACCAACCUUAAAUAUAUUUACAGAUAUUAAAGUUCAACAAGCUCCAUAUUUUAUUCCACCAAUUUAUUCUGGUGUUCGUUUUAUAGUCUAUUGUAUUUUGGAAAAAAAUAUUGAACCAUGUAAAGUUAUUAGUUUGAAAGCUACUUCACAAGAUGGUCCUAUGAAACUUGAUAUUCCUUUAGAUCCAGUUACUCUACAAGGUUCAAAAAUUCAUAGAUUAGCGGCAAGAAAACUUAUUCAAGACCUUAAUGAUAAAAAAUCAUUUAUUCAUAAACAUCCUAAAAAUGCUAAUAAAUAUAUUCCAGCUUCAUUUGUUGAAGAACAAAUUGUUAAGCUUGGGAAAACAUAUAAUUUAGCUUCGAAAUAUACAAGUUUUAUUGCAAUCGAUGAAAAAAAUAUUGAAACAGUUGUAUCUGAAUCUCAAACAAUUCCACAGAAAAGAAUCGUUCCUCAAUAUGCUAAUUUAAAUCUUGGAUUUGGACGUAUGUAAAAAAAAAAUUGUUUUUAAUUUAUUUAUGUAUAUGUUAUUAAUUAAUUAUUUCUAUAUUAUAGCUACAUUUUUUUCUGCACAACAAUCUCAACAACAGCAAUCUCAACAACAG